UCUUCUAGAUAUAAUGGUUAGUGGUCAGUCAGAUGCUUUGAGGGGAAGAGGUUCGGGAUAUUUGAAGCGUUAUGGAGGAAAUGCACAUAAGCUUACUAGGCAAGAGAAUUGCGGAAAAGGAGCUAUUCAUUCAGUUCUUAGCAGGUUUAGGCCAAUUGGUGACGGAGGUGUUGCGUUGUCAAACCAUGUUGGUGGAACAUGGUUUGACAGUCGAGUGGUCAAUAAGGAAACAUGUAGUGAUCGUAUUCAUAGGAUGACAAGCUCGGAUAACAAUUCAAUUUUCCUAUCCAACUUGUCUGCGAGACCUAGAGUUGUUGAUGGUCAGUCAAGGGAUUCGAGGAAAAGAGGCUCGGGAUAUUUGAAACGUUUGGAGAAAAGAGAUGGAGGAAGAGCAUAUGAGCUUUCUACGCAACAGAAAAUACUUAGAGGAAUAGUGUCAGAGCCUAUUCCUCUUAUGGCUCAGAUUAUGCAACAGCUUGAUGACGAAACAGUUGAAUCAACAAAAGAAUACUUGAGGAACCUAAUAACAAUGCCGGAAAGGAUAUAUGAGUUUGUUAGCCUUCAGAACAGACUUGAUGAGAGAUCUGAUCUUACCAAUCAGACUCUCUUGAACUGCCAUAGGAUCCAACUAGAAUUUUUGGUUUCAAUAAGAACAUGUCUUGGAAGCUUCUUAUCGGAAAACACCCGCCUUCUAACAUCAGAAUUGGUUGAAAUUUUCUUACUUGAAAGGUGUCGAAACAUUAAUUGCAGGAGGCUUUUGCCUAUUGAGGAUCACGGUUGCAAUAUUUGUUCAACGAAGAAGGGAUUCUGCAGCGAAUGCAUGUGUCUUGUGUGUCUGAAAUUCGAUUGUGCCAAUAAUACUUGCAGUUGGGUAGGGUGUGAUGCAUGCUUGCACUGGUGUCAUGCUGUUUGUGGUAUUCGUCGAAAUCUAAUAAAGCCAGGUCCAAGUCUCAAAGGACCUUCCGGGACAACCGAGAUGCAAUUUUACUGUCUGGGAUGUGGUCAUGCCUCGGAAAUGUUUGGCUUCGUUAAGGACGUGUUCAUGUCUUGUGCGAAGGAAUGGGGUGAGGAAACCCUGAUGAAAGAGCUUGAUUAUGUUCGGAAAAUCUUCCAAGGGAGUGAAGAUUUUAAAGGCAAGGAGUUACAUGAAAAGACAGAUGUCUUGCAUACAAAGCUAGUUACAAAGACGAUUUCCCCUUCAGACGCCUGCGAUUUUAUAUUUCAGUUUUUCAGUGGCAGCAACGAAUUGCCAAACUUAAGUACUCUAGCUAUUCUUGGAAAGCUCGUAGUUACUGAUUUUCCUGCCUCUACCUUCCUUAUUCCCAAUUCCUCAUUCUAUGAUAUGAACUUUUCAAGAGCACAAAAAGAUAUGAGGCCUUUUGAUCCUUUUAUAAAUGAUUUUAAUGCUUCUUUCACAGCUAUCAAAACAAUUGAAGAUGAACCGUCAAUGAAACGAUCGAAGAAAGAUGAGGUUGAUAGCUUGGGAAGCAUUGUACGCAUCAAAGAAGCAGAGGCACAACUGUUUCAGAGUCGUGCAGCUGAUGCACGAGGAGAGGCAGUGAGUUUAAGGCGGUUGGCUCGACUGGAGAAUAAGAAAUUGAACGAAAUGUAUUAUGAAAAACUCUCCAAAUUGUGCUUGCAGGAAACGGAGGAAAGGAGGAGGAAAAAAUUGGAAGAGCUUAAAACCUUGGAGAAUGCUCAUUCCGGUUAUUGUGAGAUGAAGAUGAAAUUGGAUACGGAGGUUGCAUGCUUAUUAAACAAAAUGGAAGCCGCCAAACAGCUAUUGGUAUAG